AUAAAAAAAGUUUUGAAAAAAAAAAGGAAAAUAAUUGUAGAAAAGGGGUCCAACAAGCAGCUGAGACUGCGCGAAGAAAUUGCGGGCUGGUUUGGAGGCUGAAGAUCAAUACGAUUGUGGGAGAGCAAGCUGGACCAGUGAGAAGCCGUGAUCAUCUCGUUUCAGCCGAAGCAUCAUCAUGAAAUCAAGUACACACACCUGUAUACCACAGUCAGCAGUUCUCAGAAAUCUCGCGGACGGUGAAUCGAUCGAGGACAUCGCCGAGUCCGUGGACGAGCUACGUGAAAAAUUGGCGAACAUGAAGAGAAUGAUGGAGGCUCGAAAGGGUAGCACGCUAGGUGAUCUGAGCGCACGAAAACGACGAGAGACAUCUGACAUAAUUGACGGAAAUUUUUUGUCCUGGAUAUUUGGUUCAGCACUUCUUGUAAUACUCAGUGUCAGCUUUUAUGCCUUCUAUAAUCUUUACCACGCGGUACUCAAGAAAUUUCCCUCUCAUCAUACGGAACUAUAAAUUAUCAUGCGAAGUUGCAAUCAAUAUCUAACAAAUGAUAUAAUAUCCGUGAUACACAAUCAUGAGAUUAUUUAUAUAAAUUUUAUUGAUUUGAUUGGCACUUAAGAAAUUGUCUAUUUGAAAAACAAUUUUGAACGUUAUUCAAUAUUUUGCACAGGUUUUAUUACUUGCUAAUCUUUGUUAUUAUUAGAGAUCAUUAACAUUAAAACAACUUUAAUUAUUACUUAGAUAAAUUUUUAUCUAAUAAAUUUAUUUACAAUGAAUAUACUGUCAAAUGUUCAUUGAUCAGCUGAUAUUAACCCAUUUAGUGCUAUUGGCGCUUAUAUGUGUCCGGCAAGUGUUUAAAUUUAAAGAGCUCCGCUCUCAAAGGGUUAAACACGUUAACACCAUUAAAAACAUGCCUAAGGUAUGCGAAUGAAAAUUUCGUUAAGCGAAAUGAAAAUCAGGACAGAUUACGUAAACAAAUAAGAAAUACAGAUGGGCGAAAAAAUUUCACAAAUGAUAUUGUGAAUUUGAUAAUUUAAAUGAAUUUAAUAACUUAAGUUUCACUACUUAUGUUUCCUGGUUUUAUUUUAUUAGUUGAUUAUGUUACUCUACUAUUAGUUAUUGCCAAAUUAUUUAUGCAAUUUUUCUUUUUAUUAUGUACAGAAAGCAAAGAUGACGAUUGAGUGCCUUAUACAUAGACGUACAUCUCUUGCUUCUUAGUAUAUGCAUAUAAAAAAACUUAAUUUUCCUUAUUUAAAAUGUUUAUAGUAUAUUCUGCUGGCUAAAAGAUAGGACAGUGUAUUGUAAACUGAAAUAUUAAAGUUUUCAACAAAUUGCAAAAUUACCUGUAAUUCGCAAAUAUCCAGAUUACCUGCGUAUUUGAUAUUAUACAGUAGCAUAGUGAGAAUUUAUCUCGUAUAAUUGACUUAUAUUUAUCAACGGACAAAUAUAAUCGUUAUAUACUAUUAUAUACGUAAUCAGACUUUUUGAUAAAUGCCUGUUUCUGUUUUUA